AUGGCAUUUUCAUUAACAGGGCUAGAACAAUGGACAACAUGGAUCUUACUAGGUUUACUUGCUGUCUGGGAUCUUGUAGCAGUGCUUUGUCCAUUUGGCCCACUUCGCUUAUUACUUGAAAGCUCAAAGAAACAACAGAAAGAAGUUCCUGCUUUGUUAUAUUCUGUCAAUGCUGUAUGGUUGAUGAUGGCAUCCACAGACCAAUUAAGACUAUCGAGAAACUUACAGCAAGAAGCACAGCCAAGUAAUAUAGCGUCACCAGGAAGAAUAUUAGAGCGUUAUUCUGCAUCUUAUUCCCCUUCCUCCUUUGCUCGAAAAAGCCAUGAUGGUUUUAUGCGUUUACCAGAUGAUAGUCAUGUUAUUGUGAAUAAUAGUUCAAAUGCAGAUCAAUCAGACACAACUCAUUCGUGUGUAACUUCAACUUUAUCACAAGGUAACAUUAAGAACAAUGAAGACGAAGAUGAUGAUACUGAAAAAAAUGGGCUUAAGCUUGGUUUGGGAGAUUUUGUGUUUUAUAGUGUAUUGAUUGCCCGUGCAGCCAUGUAUGACUGGAUCACCACUGUUUGCUGUACUAUUGCUGUUUUGACAGGUCUAACAGCUACUAUUUUUUUGCUGGCCAUUUACAAAAAGGCAUUGCCAGCUCUACCUAUUUCCAUCGCAUUUGGUAUCCUGUUUUAUUUUGUAGCCAAGACAGUACUCGUACCUUAUGUGGCUGCUCUUUGUGUAUUUGAUAUGGUUGGAUUAUAA